AGAUGUCCGCCAUAUUGGUAGUGUGAGCGGAAGUUCUCUUCAUUCUGCGGUGUUUAUUGUGACGCACUUGACUUGAGAGAUCUCAUACAUGCUGCCUCUUGAUCCAUGUGAAGCCUAAGAGUUGCGUGCCACGAUCUUAGACGGAAGUUUUCAUGGUGGGCCGACAUCGAGAACAGGCGGUGAUGCUGAUGACCACUGCUUGCGAGGAAAAAUCUACGGCGAAUUUUACUCGCGAAGUUGGAGACCAGUCUUCGGCACAUGGAGAGAAGUGUGCUGGGUGCAAAGGCAGAAUUAUGGACCGAUAUCUUGUGAAGGUCAGUGGGAAGGCAUGGCAUACGGGCUGUCUUAAAUGCUGCAUGUGUGGAUUAGAGCUCGGCAAGGAGGCCACUUGCUAUACCAAGGAAGACAAGAUUUACUGCAAAACCGAUUAUGCAAGGCAGUUUGGCACUAAAUGUGCCCGAUGCGGACGAAGUAUCCACGCAAAUGACUGGGUGAGACGCGCGCGGAGCAGCGUCUACCACCUCGCGUGUUUCGCGUGCGACGCUUGCAAGCGACAACUUUCUACAGGCGAAGAGUUCGCGUUAAAAGAAGGACAUGUUCUUUGUAAAUUACAUUACAUGGAGAGUUUGGAAGUUUUCCCUCCCGAUAACUCCUCGCAAGAUGUUGCUCUUUCUUACUGCACUCAAAGUGAUGGAGGGAUUGAAGACAUGUUACAAGACGCAGACAGCGAAGAUUCACCUUCCAGCGGCGGAAUUCUAAAAUGUCAUAAAACCAAACGAGUACGAACCACAUUUACCGAGGAACAACUACAAAUCCUUCAAGCGAACUUCAACAUCGACUCUAAUCCGGACGGGCAGGACCUGGAACGAAUCGCACAGUUGACUGGGCUUAGUAAGAGAGUAACACAAGUUUGGUUUCAAAACUCGCGCGCGAGACAGAAAAAAUACGGUACACCUUUGUUCUCUUCCAGCCCGAGAACACCAAGCGCGGCCAGCUUUUGAUUCUGGCGAGAUUUUAAGGAAUUCAAAUACUCGUGCCAUCAGAAGUAAUUGCAGCAGCCAGCUAGAUGCGUUUGAAAGGGAUCAGUAGAAAUCGGACGAAAAUGAAAACACGCCAUUACCAGAGUUUUCAGCCCUUGUCACUUUUGAGCUGUGUGUGUCUUCACAGUUGGAGAAGUUAUUUUGAAAUAGAGAGGACUUUAAUCCAAUGAGUGACCGAGAGAACUGUGGUCGUUUCAGAAAUAUUGAUUUUAAAAAUCUCUUAUUUUCCGAGGAGAAUAUUUACUAAAAACUAAGAAGCGUUUGAAUUCAGAACCACUUUUAACCCUUUUGAAGGAAUACAGUAGGGAAUGCUUCGCUGCCUUAAUGUUAAUGUCUGUAGUAAGUCUUUAACUCCGACGGUAAAAACUGCACUGCUACGUAGGACUUCAGUCAAAACAGUAGACUAGAAUCGCUCAGUGAACUCUUUACACUAUCAGAGUAAAUUUCUCUAUUAGAAGAGCGGCUAUUAUUUAUCGCCCAGAAAAAAAGGGGGGGCUGGGUCGGAGGAUUUUAAUUGUGUCACGAUAAACCCGAUCCCUCCGUUAGACUCUGUAGUAUUCUAAUGAUUCCCCCUCGUUGAUAGUCAAUUUUCUCCAGGCCCCUUCUUACUCUAUCAGCGACGGUUGAUUCCCCCUCCAUUUCUCCUGAAAAUCAUGUGAUAUACCCAAAAUCCCCCGACACCCACCCCCCCCCCCCCUCCUGCUUCCUCCAGCGAUAAAUAAUGGCUGUUCCAAGGCAAUAUCAACCAGAACAGGACUGGUCCGUGUUCUCUCGCAAGAAACUCCGCCACUAAAAUGUUGUAAUAUAUUGGCAUAAAGGAAAAACAAAUAAUAUUUAACUUCUUAUACAAGAAAAGAAUGUGCAGUAUAUAUGAGGUCGUAGCUAUGUGUAAAUUUUGUCCAUAGAAUAUGAACACUCCUCCCAGAAGAGGUCAAAGCUGUGCACUUGGUGCGUCCGCAAGUUGCUAUAAAUA